AUGGGGAUCACCGAUCAUGAUGCUGAGAACCGCUGGUUAACUGCCAACAUUGGAGAAGAGGUGCAAGGAGCUAUAGAGGUGGAGACGAGCAUGGGCUUUCGCACUGCUAUCAAACUUUACCCAAAAGCAGUUGCAUGGCCUGUGUUCUUCUCCUUGGGCGUCAUUAUGACGGGUUUUGACCCUCAGAUCAUGGGGAACUUGUACGGUGUGCCAAAGUUUCAAGAGGACUUUGGCUAUCUUUACAAGGGGAAAAUGAUAAUCUCUGCUGCCUGGCAAUCAGGUCUCAGCAUGGGAAGUCCCAUUGGGCAAGUGGUAGGCGCUCUAGCAGCAAGCUAUCCCAUGGAGUGGUUUGGGCGAAAAUGGACCUUUUUGACUUGCGUGAUACUUACGGCAGGCUGCGUUUUUAUUCAAUUCUUUGCCCGGUCUCUUCCAGUGUUGCUGGUUGGAGAACUUUUAGGGGGUCUAGUCCUCGGCUGUUACGCAGUCAUUGCUCCAGCAUAUGCUUCUGAGGUUUGCCCGGUUGCGCUACGAGGGGUCCUGACCGCGUAUAUAAACAUGUGCUUCGUUAUCGGCCAGUUUAUCGCGAAUGGUAUCGCCGCUGCCACUCACGGAUUGAACACCCACUGGGCCUAUAGCAUACCAUUCUCCAUACAGUGGGGUUUGGGCCAGCCAUUAUCCUCUCAGGCGAUGAUAAUUGAAACCGAUCGGCUUGAGCAGGAGAUGGAAGCUGGUACCACGUAUUGGGAUUGUUUCAAAAGGGUCAACCUUCGAAGGACCGAAAUUGCCAUUGGGGUUUACACCAUCCAGGUAUUCAGCGGAAUUUAUCUUAUUGGCUACUCGACAUACUUCUUCACUCUUUGUCAUAACGCGAGCUUGUUGCUUAAGGAGAAGAAGGGCGGUAAUGUUUGCACCUGA